GGUUCUCCAAACAGAGGACCGAAAAAGGUAAUAAAUAUUUCAAGAAAGUAAGUGUGGGUGGGGUGCCUUUAAAUUGUGUUCAAGUUGAAUUUGAUGCUCAGAGAAGAAAAUCGGAGAAGAACACAAUGGCCGAUUCUUUAUCAGAAGAACAGAUUUCAGAGUUCCGGGAGGCGUUCAGUUUGUUUGAUAAGGAUGGCGAUGGUACCAUCACCACUAAGGAACUAGGCACCGUGAUGAGGUCUCUGGGUCAGAACCCGACAGAGACGGAGCUCCAGGACAUGAUAAACGAGGUGGACGCGGACGGAAAUGGAACAAUUGAUUUUCCUGAAUUCUUAACCAUGAUGUCAAAGAAGAUGAAAGAUUCAGACAGCGACGAGGAAAUUCGGGAAGCUUUCCGGGUGUUCGAUAAAGAUGGAAACGGUUUCAUCAGUGCCGCUGAAUUACGUCACGUGAUGACAAAUCUCGGAGAAAAACUCACCGACGAGGAAGUGGACGAAAUGAUACGAGAGGCGGACAUAGACGGCGACGGACAAGUCAACUAUGAAGAGUUUGUGAAAAUGAUGACCUCAAAGUGACAAAAAACAAACCCUUUUGUUAUCAAUAAAUAAAUUUUGUAUACUUCCGCGGUGUUUAUAUCUUUCGGUAUAUAUUGGAAAUAUUUUUAUAUUAUCUUUUAUUUAAUAAAAGGAGGAACAUAUUAA